AAUGCCACAAGCUGCUAUCUUUCAAAACCCGAGGUGGGUUCAAAGCAAAAGACAAGCACAGCCAAGUUGAGACGAAAGGGGCAAAGCCACAAGUUCUCUCUCUCUCUCUCUCUCUGGGUAAUAUCUAAAUCUUUCUUCUCCUACCAAACCAUGCCUACGCUCACUCCUCCGCACCUCGCCGUCUCUCCGCCCCUCCGCCUCCUCCUCCUCCUCCUCUACAUAGCACCGACCACCAAUGCCGCUGCUGCCGCGGAGAUGGCCGCCCCUCGUCGGUGGUUCAAAGAAGCCCCCAAGUUCUACAACUCCCCCGAUUGCCCCUCCAUCGCUUCCCUCGACAUCUGCUACGCCGGCGCGGUCCACGUCGCCAUGACCCUCGACGCCGCCUACCUCCGUGGCUCCAUGGCCGCGAUCCUCUCCACCCUCCAGCACUCCUCGUGCCCCGAGAACAUCUGCUUCCACUUUGCCAUCGCCACCUCGGUUGCCACGGCUGACCACAACCGCCUCCGCCGCGCAGUCGCCACGUCCUUCCCAUACCUCUGCUUCGGUGUCUACACCUUCGACGACGCGGCCGUUGCCGGCCUAAUCUCCACCUCCAUCCGCUCUGCCCUCGACCGCCCGCUCAACUACGCCCGCAACUACCUCGCGGACCUCCUCCCACCGUGCGUGCGCAAGGUGGUCUACUUGGACUCCGACCUAGUCCUCGUCGAUGACGUGGCGAAGCUCGCCGCCACCCCGCUCGACGGGGACACCGUCCUCGCCGCGCCGGAAUACUGCAACGCCAACUUCACCUCCUACUUCACUCCCACCUUCUGGGCAAACCCUAGCCUGUCCCUCACGUUCGAAGGAAGGAGAGCCUGCUACUUCAAUACCGGGGUCAUGGUGAUUGACCUAAAGAAAUGGCGCGAAGGCGACUACACGACCAAGAUUGUGGAGUGGAUGGAGCUCCAGAAGAGGAUGAGAAUAUACGAGCUGGGGUCGUUGCCGCCGUUCUUGCUGGUCUUCGCCGGUCGCAUUGCGCCAGUCGAUCACCGGUGGAACCAACAUGGGCUCGGGGGUGACAACUUUCGAGGGCUGUGCCGGGACUUGCACCCCGGCCCGGUGAGCCUCCUCCAUUGGAGCGGGAAGGGCAAGCCGUGGGUCCGCCUCGACGCGAGCCGGCCGUGCCCGUUGGACGCGCUGUGGGCUCCGUACGAUCUGCUGGAGGCGCGGUUCGCGAUCGAGUCUUAACAAAGGAAGGAACGGUACGUACAGAGGGAGUUCUCUUCUUUUCUUUAUUCACUCCAAUGGACGUAAAUUAGUUUUUCUUCUAAUCUCUCCUCUUCUUUGUCCGAAUCUUGAUUCUUUUUCUCUUUUACUUUGGAGAUUUUCCUCGUUUUGGCUCACAAUUUCGAGAAGCGAAGAUCUGAAAGAGCGAGGGAGAUCUUUCGCUUCUCUUAAUUUGAUGAGGAUGAGUUUGUAUUGUACAUCCUAAAACUUGAUGAUGACCAAUACGACAUGCGACAUGGCAGUAGGUUAAAACUCAUGUAGAUCGUCAGUUUUUUUUGUUUUGAUAGCUGCCCAUGAUCUCAAUUCCAUUAGGUGUGUAUCAAGUGCCCGAUCCGAUAUGAUAUUCCACAUAUAAUACAAGUGCAUCUUUCAAGA